AUGAAGAAAGUUCAAGGAAAUGAUUCUUUUCAGCGCAUUAAUUUCUUAUAUCAAAUUGCUAAAGAGAUGUCGACUAUUAAUCCGGCAUUAUCUUCAUACUAUGGCAACUUGAUCAUUAAUAUUGCCAAAAAGGGUGUUCUAAAAAUACAUCCAGACAUUAAAAGACAAAUUUGUAAAAAGUGCAAAUCUGUAUUCACCAAUACAACAAGAAAAGUGAGAAUUAAAUGUAAAAACAAUUCAAAGUAUAUUCAGCACAUUUAGUCGUCUAUCUAUUCUAACGUGAAAGACGACGUCUUAUCAAAUGCACGCUCAGCGAGAAAACUGUUACACGAGAAUAAUAGAAUUAAACAUUUUAAAAGACCUGAGAUAAAUUAUGUGAAAUUAGCUCAGAAGAAAGAAGACAUGAAAGUUUUCAAAACUAAAAACGACGAGUUUAUUUUGAAUCCUGCUGUCGCGAAAGCUAUUAAAAUUGAUAAACAAAUUUAUCGUAAGGACCCCGUACUUAAUAUUAUCAAGAAUAUGAAUGGCAGAAGAAAAUAUAGUCCCGAAACCGAUAGUAUUUCAAGUUCCAGUUUAGAGGGGAAAAAUUGGAAAGAGGAAUGGAAAGAACAUUGGCUAUUGAAAAAACUUGAAGCCAUUAACUCAUCUAUACCAAAAGGAGAUAUGGUUAAUAUGGUUGCGGCACGACCAUGGGGUGUGCCUUGUGGAGAUCCCAACCAACAUGAUACUCCGUGGGGUUCCUGCAUGUUGCCAAUGGAAUGUGAAGCCGAAUACAGAAUCUAUCGUGGCGAUUACUUCUGUGGUCGAAGUCAGUUCGUCUGUUGCGCUCUACAAAUGACCACUUACGAUCUUUAUACUGGCUUUGAUGUAUCUUUCGCUGAUUCGAGUCUAGCCACUGACACAGAAGAAAAACGUAAUCGAGAUAGGGGUUCAAAAGAGCGACGUCGUCGGAAAAAGAAAAGAGAACAGAAACGACGCAGACGAGAACGUUUGAAACGAAAGCGCAAAAUAAAAAGAGAUAUAAGAAGAAUAAUUCGCGAAAUCACUAAAAUACUAAAUAGAUCGUUUAGAAACGGCACCACAGCGCGGAAGAAGAAGACGAAACAAUUGAAGAAGUUCAUUAAAGAAAUGAAGAAGAAGUACAAGAAGGAUAGGAAGGCUGUGAAAGAUAUUCACGAAAUGGAAAUGAUUAAAAUAGACGCAGCUCUACAGAAGAGGUUGAAUGAAAUAAAGGGAAUGAACGAGGCAUAUGUAAAGAAUUCUACUUUUAGAGAUAUUGUGGUAAAUGGGACGAUAAGUAAGAAGAAUGUUAGGCUCUUGAUGAAUGCAUAUCCUGAAUUAAGGGAGCUUUUGAAUACGAGGAGAAGUGGUAGGUCUCCAGAUUAUCUAGAAUACGAUAUUGAGUAUGGAUUAUUGUACGAUUAG